UCCAGCUCGGGAGGAGAGAGUCACUCGUUUGGGAUUGUGGGAGCGAGAGAAAGAGAGACGCGGAGAAGGAGAAGCGAAGGGAGGAAGAGGGAGAGGAGCAGAGAAGGACACCUCAUCAGGCGUGUAGUUCGAAUCCCUGCCUUGCCUCCCCCUUCCCCUCCGCGAUGUUACAAAGGCUCUGAGCUGCUCUCCUUUUCCCAUUCGCCUGCUGUCACUUCCUUCCUGGACGCUCUCAGGACGAGUCCGGUUACUUUUAAUCCGCCGAGCAGCUCCGGCACUUUCUCCUCCUCCUCCUCCGCGCUGCACGCACCCGCACAGCACGCACACCCGCACGCGCACCGCAGGCAUCGCCCGGCUGCUUAUUGGAUUGACUUUGAGGCUCGUGCGGGUGCUUCAGGGAGGCUGCAUGGUGAACCAGGUGGUGAAUAUUUAAAGGCUGCAAGAAGUAAAGGGAUUUUUGCUUUUUCCUGAGAAAGGAAAAUAUCUCAAGGACUAGCCUGAUCAUCUAGACAGCUAAAUGUUUAUCAUCAGGGACGGAUGCAGGGGACAGUGAACUGAGUAGUGCAAGUGCUGAAGAAGGAGACUUGUUUUGAGGAACGGGAAAGAGGAAGAGAAGAGAAGGGAAAAAUACAUAAUUUCAAGGAAGAAGGAGAGACAAAAAAACGGGGACUAUGGGGAGAAAAAAGAUUCAGAUUACGAGGAUUAUGGAUGAACGUAACAGACAGGUGACAUUUACGAAGAGGAAAUUUGGGUUAAUGAAGAAGGCUUAUGAGCUGAGCGUGCUAUGCGACUGUGAGAUUGCUCUGAUCAUCUUYAACAGCACCAACAAACUGUUCCAGUACGCCAGCACUGACAUGGACAAGGUGUUGCUGAAGUACACAGAGUACAAUGAGCCGCAUGAGAGUCGAACGAAUUCGGAUAUUGUGGAGACGUUGAGAAAGAAAGGACUUAAUGGCUGUGACAGUCCAGACCCCGAUGCAGACGAUUCAGUAGGUCACAGCCCUGAGUCUGAGGACAAGUACAGGAAAAUUAAUGAAGAUAUUGAUCUAAUGAUCAGCAGGCAAAGAUUAUGUGCUGUUCCACCACCAAACUUUGAGAUGCCAGUUUCUAUCCCAGUGUCCAACCACAACAGUUUGGUGUACAGUAACCCAGUCAGCUCGCUGGGGAACCCCAACCUUUUGCCGCUGGCCCAUCCUUCUUUGCAAAGAAAUAGCAUGUCUCCUGGCGUGACGCAUCGGCCUCCGAGUGCAGGUAACACAGGUGGCCUGAUGGGUGGGGACCUCACAACCGGUGCAGGCACCAGUGCAGGGAACGGGUAUGGCAACCCUCGCAACUCACCAGGUCUGCUGGUCUCACCUGGCAACUUGAACAAGAAUAUGCAAGCGAAAUCCCCGCCCCCGAUGAAUUUGGGAAUGAACAACCGCAAACCGGAUCUCCGCGUGCUUAUCCCACCUGGCAGCAAGAAUACAAUGCCAUCAGUGUCUGAGGAUGUUGAUCUGCUUUUGAAUCAGAGGAUAAAUAACUCCCAGUCUGCUCAGUCCCUGGCUACUCCUGUGGUUUCCGUAGCAACUCCUACUCUCCCAGGGCAAGGGAUGGGAGGAUACCCAUCAGCCAUUUCUACAACAUAUGGUACUGAAUACUCUCUGAGUAGUGCAGAUAUAUCAUCUCUCUCUGGGUUUAAUACAGCCAGUGCUCUUCAUCUUGGUUCUGUGACUGGCUGGCAACAGCAACACCUACAUAACAUGCCACCAUCUGCCCUCAGUCAAUUGGGAGCUUGCACUAGCACUCAUUUAUCUCAGAGUACAAAUCUCUCCCUGCCUUCUACUCAAAGCCUCAACAUCAAGUCAGAACCUGUUUCUCCUCCUAGAGACCGUACCGCCACCCCCUCGAGAUACCCACAGCACACGCGCCACGAGGCGGGCAGAUCUCCCGUUGACAGUUUGAGCAGCUGUAGCAGUUCGUACGACGGAAGCGACCGAGAAGAUCACCGCAACGAAUUCCACUCCCCCAUUGGACUCACCAGACCUUCGCCGGACGAAAGGGAAAGCCCCUCUGUCAAGCGCAUGCGGCUCUCGGAAGGAUGGGCGACAUGAUAACGUUAUUACCUACUAGUUUUUUUUUUUUCUUGCAGUGUGUGUGUGCUAUACCUUAAUGGGGGAGGGGGGGUCGAUAUGCAUUAUAUGUGCCGUGUGUGGAAAAAAAAAACAAAAAAAAAGUCAGGUACUCUGUUUUGUAAAAGUACUUUUAAAUUGCCUCAGUGAUACAGUAUAAGGAUAACCAGAAAUGCUGAGAUAAGCUUAGCACUUGAGUUGUACAACAGAACACUUGUACAAAAUAGAUUUUAAGGCUAACUUCUUUUCACUGUUGUGCUCCCUUGCAAAAUGUAUGUUACAAUAGAUAGUGUCAUGUUGCAGGUUCAACGUUAUUUACAUGUAAAUAGACAAAAGGAAAACAUUUGCCAGAAGUGGCAGAUCUUUACUGAGAGAGAAAGCAGCUGUUAUGCAACAUAUAGAAAAAUGUACAGAUGUUUUGACAGACCCAGCCGUUGGGUGGCCGUGAAUCAAUGCUAGCAAGAGACUGGGUCACCUAACACACCUAAAAUGCUCACAAACACGCAGGCAUAUCAUUAGAGUAUGGUGCUCACUUAAAAGGAUCAAAGACGUUUAAAGAGGACCAUACUUGUAAAAAUGUUGAGUUUGAGGGCUAACAUAUUUAAUUAAACAAAAAAAAAUCUGGGUCUGCAUCACUUAUUAAAUAAAAAAAUAUAAAAAUAUGUACAUUACAUUUUGCUUAUUUUCAUAUUAAAAAGUAAGACAGAGUUUGCAAAGCAUUUGUGGCUUUUGUAGUUUCCUUAAGCCAAAAUGUGUUCUUUUUUCCUUGAUAGCUUCGCUAAUCUUUUAAACAGUCCUGAAGAAAACAAACAGAGAGGACUUUUUGUAUAGAAAGCACUACCCUAAGCCAUGAAGAACUCCAUGCUUUGCUAACCAAGAUAACUGUUUUCUCUUUGCAGAAGUUUUGUUUUUGAAAUGUGUAUUUCUAAUUAUAUAAAAUAUUAAGAAUCUUUUAAAAAAAAUCUGUGAAAUUAACAUGCUUGUGUAUAGCUUUCUAAUAUAUAUAAUAAUUAUGGUAAUAGCAAAAGUUUUUGUUAUCUUAAUAGUGGGGGAAUUAUAUUUGUGCAGUUGCACAUUUAACUAUUUUCUUUCAGUUUUCUUUUACUGGGCAUACGUUUUACAGAUCCAAGUCAGCUGUUGAAAGACUGAUCUGUAAAAACUUAGAAUUUACCCAUGGUGUAACAACCUGAAUCCUUUUAAUACAACAUUUUACAAUGAGUUGGGUGAACUGCRAUCCAUUGUAUAUACUGAUUAGUUCUUUCAUGCUGUUUUGUGCAUUGUAACAAGUUAAGGGCCCUUCUAUUACUUGCGUCCUGCGUAUCUUGUAGUUUUUCAUGGGUUAAAUGGCAAAGCAGCAUCCAUUGGCCCUUUCUCAUUAAUGAAGCUGGUAUUCUGCCUGUUAGAAGGGGAUGURCAGCUCUUGCGGCUGUCAGGCGUGUGAGGGCAGGUGAAUAUUUCCAGAAGUGGAAGAAAGAGUGAAAAGUGAGGGAUUGGCACCAACAUACCUGCUAUAAGGAUGACUCCCUUCUCACAGAUUUGAAAAUUUUACAGAGAUUAUCGAUUGAAGGACCAUUCAGAAAUAGAUUUACUUUACGCAGCCAACACUGGCUGUCAGGUCACCCUUUUUUUCCCGGACCUUUGUGGUCACAUUAGCUCACGGGAGAACGUUGUUGAACGGCGCUYCCCGUGUAUUCCACCCCAGCAAGGUCUGCAUCAGCAUCUGGCAUCCACCUUCUCUCCUGCCUCACACUGUUCCUUUGAAUAAAAUCACCUGAGCAGAAGGAAUAGAUCAUUUGUUUUAAGUUCCUCUUUGUCCCUCUUGCUUAUUAGAAGAAAAUGGUAUAUUCAGUUUAAUC